ACCGAAACCGGCUACAGAAAGGCAAACUCAGAGAGGUGACGCCAAGCUACCAACAAAUUCAGACAUUCAGUCAGUGCUGAGUUGUUGCAACUUGCUCAUGUUUAUGUCACAUCGCCUUCACUAAAUUAGGCGACAAUUAGGUUAGGCGAGUGAAUGAGUGCAGUUUUGUGUGAGUGUGUGGUGAAUUUGUGACACAAGUCUCUACCAAGAAUUAUGUUGAACGUGUAGUGAUUCAUAGAAAUUGUGCAAGUAGUGUUUUUUGGAGCAACAAGUGUGUGCCAACUGUAUUAGAACGAGGAUUUCUUCAACGACUGCUGAAAGAUAACCAUCUAGCAAGAUGUCUGUAUUCGCGAUAGCAAGCUCGGUAUCGAGCUUCAUCAAGCUUCGCUAUGUUAUGGACAAAGCCGUGAUCGACAACAUGGUGUUCAGACUUCACUACCGUACAACUAGUGCUAUCCUAUUCGUAUCCUGUGUACUAGUUACUGCCAACAAUCUCAUUGGCGAACCGAUCUCCUGUAUAACCGACAGAUCAAUUCCGACAUAUGUGAUAAACACGUAUUGUUGGAUAACACACACGUUCACACUGCCCUACCACAUAAACAAGCCACAGGGCACACACGUGGCACAUCCUGGGGUGGCGCCAUACGUGGAGGGAGAGGACGAGACACGAUUUCACUCAUACUAUCAGUGGGUUCCCUUCAUGCUUUUCUUUCAGGGUGUGCUGUUCUACGUGCCGCAUUGGAUGUGGAAGAACUGGGAAGAGGGCAAGAUGCGCAUGCUCACUGACGGCCUGCGAGGAGCGAUCGUCGGCCCCAAGGAGACGCGACAGGAGCGACAGUCGCGCAUCGUACAGUAUUUCAUUGACACACUACACAUGCACAACGUCUACGCUACUGGCUACUUCAUCUGCGAAGCUCUCAACUUCAUCAAUGUGAUCGUGAACAUGUUCUUCAUCGACUCGUUCCUGGGCGGCGCCUUCCUGACGUAUGGCAUUGACGUGAUCAAGUUCAUGAGCCAGAACCAGGAGAACCGCACCGACCCGAUGGUGCUGGUGUUCCCCCGCGUCACCAAGUGCACCUUCCACAAGUUCGGUCCCUCCGGGAGCAUCCAGAAGCACGACACACUCUGUGUGCUCGCGCUCAACAUACUCAACGAAAAGAUCUACAUCUUCCUCUGGUUCUGGUUCAUAAUCCUGGCAGUGCUGUCUGGAAUCGCACUGAUGUACAGCAUUGCCGUAGUGCUGCUGCCUUCAAUCCGUGAGACCAUUCUGAUCCGUCGCUUCCGUUUCGGUCCGCCAGCCGGGGUGUCGGCGCUCAUUCGCAAGACACAGGUCGGUGAUUUCCUUCUGCUGCAUUUCAUGGGGCAAAACAUGAACAUGCUGCUUUUCGGGGAGCUUUUGGACGAGAUCAGCCGAAAACUUCACUUGGGCAACAACAUUCCAACAGCACCCUCUACUCUAGAGCUUUCACCUAUCUAUCCAUCAGAUAAGCUCAGACUGCACAAAGAGACCGAAGCCUAAUUAAUCAAAUGAAUUUGGAUCAGAAGGAUGGUGAUUUGGAGAUAAAACUAGAAGAAACAUUAGUCGAAAAUCUUGAUCCUCAUUUGAACAGAAUGGGAACGACAAUUGUCAAGUUUCUAUUUUUGUAGCUACAAUAUUUUUCUACAAUAUAAAAAACUUUUUUGGUUCAUUACUUGUAGCUACAAUUAGUAAAAGAUUGGUCGAAAAUACUAAACAUCAUCUGAACAGAAUGGGAACAAGUGUCAAGUUUCUAUUUUUGUAGCUACAAUAUUUUUAUAAAAUUUUGAAAACUCUUUUUUAGCUACAAUUAGUUUUCUUUAAUAACUUUUGAAUAUGAAGUAUGUAUUUAGCAAGUUGCCUGAAUAUCAAAGUCAAUUGGUUGACUGUACGAAUCUGAUUUGCUUAAUAUAUCUCCCAAUAGAGAUUUUCUUAUUAACGAAAAGUUUGCAUAAGGCGAAGUUAGAUAAUUGACUGAAAAACUUUUGAUUUUCAUUUUAGCGCAAAUAAAAUUGUAAUAUUUCUGUAGAGUGUAGAAUAUACUAUUUUUUAGAACAAAAUUGAGAGAAUUUCAAGUGAACCUGUCUUUUUUUUGUAGGAAAAUUACACACUUUUCGAACAAUCUAUAACUUGGAAGCAAAAGGUCCUGAAUUUGUGAAAAACGCAAGUAAGCUUAAACUUGUAACUUUUGUAAAAUUUGAAGCAGAAAUGACAUAUUUUUGUACAAUUUUGGUGGAAUAUGAUAGAAUUGUUAGACUGAAGUAUAGUGAUUGUUGGAAUGAAAUUAGGUAACUUUGAAUUAAUAUAAUAUUAUAUUAUUAUAAGUGUCACAUUGAAAAAUUCUUCAGAAAAUUGGAAAAUGAUUGAUGUAUGUAAAAAACAAAUUUAUGUUUAGAAUUAUAAUAUAUAAUAUUAAGUGAUGAAGAACUGUUGAGAAAUUUAUCAAGAGUUGGAAUAUUUUUUGAACUCUUCAUGGUAGACCCCCAAUUUCAUGAGAUAAUAAAAUAUUAGUAAGAAAAUUCUGUAUUCGUCUUCUACUAUCAACAUUCCUAAAGAGAAAAUUUGUAUUUUGUUGAAAAUUUAAUACAUUCCUAACUACAUAUCUUGAAGAAACACUAUGUGAUAUCCUGUUUUGAGACUACUAAUUCCCCAAUUCACCUUGAAGUAGAUAGUUAAAAUCAGCUAACAUCUAAUUUUAAAUGUGAUAAGUUUGUAUUUUCUUAUUAGAAAAAAUAUAUAUAAACAGCAAGGAUCAAAGCAGUCUUCCAUAUAUUUUUUGAAUAAUUUUCAAAGUAAAUAUAUAUUUAGGAAAUCAAGUUAAAUGAUUUGACAAUAAGUAAUAUUAGUUUAGUUUAGGUGUUCUAUUAUGCUAUGCAAUUUUAUAAAUCUAUAUCUACUACGGCUCCGAUUUUAGUUUUUAAUAUCUAUCAAUCUGAUACAAUUCUCUAUGUAUUCUUUUACUAUCCAUACAUUUGUGUGUAUUUUUGUUGGAUUUCUUUAGUGCAUUAUACUGGCAACUACUUUGAUAAAUCAGUAAAGCAUUUUUGCGAUUAUUAGUAUAUUUUAUUAUAUAUUUUUCUAUAUAACGUGGGAACUGAAUGUGUUCAAUAAUAGAAUCCCGGGGAGAGCUUUUUAUGAACCUAUUAUUAUAACAUUUUCUCUUUUGUAGAUAGCCUAGGUUAAUAAAACCACGUGCCUUAUAAGAAAUGUAUUGUGAUAAAUUAAUAGGUCAGUUUAUGUAAUUGACACAUUUUUAUCUAGAAAGGGUUUAGAAUAGGUUUGAAAUUGCAUCAAAAAUUCAUAUCUCCGAUAAAAUUAUAAUCGAAUUCCAACUAAAUUUUUAUAAUAAUGGGUUUAACUACUAUAAAAUGUAGUCGAAACAUACAUGAAAGCAGCUUGAUAUUGCAUUUUAUAAUACAAUUCAAAUAAUAUAAUUUGAAAUAUAUUUGUUGUAGACACUGCAAUAAUAAUAAUAUUGUCAUAACAGGGUCUUAACAUUUUUUCCACUGUUAUAACUCAAAAUUGCAUUUUGUAUUCCAACAUUUUGUAAGCAAUAACUUUUUUGUAUAGCGCUUGAAGCUGAAUUAUUUCGAUUUUGAAAUUAAAUCAUUACCUAUGAUCAAAUAUGACAUUAGUAAAGUAAUCAAUACUUUUUAAUUGUGAAUGACAAAAAGUUUUUCAACUUUUCAUUGAUGUUUGUAUUAAAUUUUAAGGAACGGUUGAAUUUAUAGCAAUUUGAUAUCAUAAUUAUGUGGCCUUCGAUUAAUUAUUAUUUAUAAAAAUAUUUAGAUAGAAAAUAUCGUAGUAGUAGACAAAUACUGUAUUUAUACUCUUUAUAAAUAAAUAUACAGUUGAUUCUC